GUCAUUUUUAGCUAGGUGUGUCCAUACUCUCAGGGAGAUCGGUGGUGACAAUGGGUCUCCUUCUUCUGGCUUUAUUGGUAGGCUUCACUGUUGUUGCAACGGCGGGCCAUCUACCUUUCUUUCCUAUUGGAGUGUAUACCACACCGGAAAUUUUCCAGCCAGAAUUCUCGUUCUGUCCCGGAGAUGGAAUGGUCACUUUUUUCGGGAAUCCACCUCCACCUCUCCUGUCCCCGAACUGUAUCCCCGCCCCGGGGCCUGUCCGGUGCGCUAUCCAGCCAAUAAGAACCGGAAGUAUGCCACAAGGAACAAUCUGCAGAAACAAAGGAUACGUGAGUGGGUUCACCAAGCUGCCACAGGAAGGAAACGCCUUUCUCAAAUGCUGUUCCUCAAUGGACUACACGUAUUCAGAGAGAUCAUGUGUUAGGCGCAUAAGAACAGCUCAAAUUCUGGGAUCCAACUUACCCCCAUGGUAUUUACCGGUAGGGGGUACACCUUUAAGAAAUGCACCAGGUGAAGUCGUGAAGUAUUGUGUGUUUGUACGUCGUUCUCGUAUGAGUCCAGCAAGGAUAAGGAAGAGGACAAUUAUUAGACGUCUUUACUGAUCCAUAGGGCCGACCCCCC